ACGUCCAGCCCCGCCCUCACGCUGCAACCUGACGUCACUACUUGAUUGAUUGACCCCAAACCUGAGAGGCCAAAACAAAGUAAAACUGCUUUUACUCACUAACAAGCUAAACCACGUGUUAGACUACGGUAAAAUAAACUGACUAAAUGUCAGGUAACGGGUUAAUAUCCAGUAUCCGGAGGUUAAUAAGCGAUGAAGAGCGGCUGAGGAGGAACACUCCGAGUCCGUUUGAUCAACUUCGCCAGCAGAUGGAUGAUGUCUUGGGAGAUGAAGGGAUCCUGAAAGAGGUGGUCCAACCUGGAGAGGGCCCACCUGUACCUGAAAACGCUUCAGUAUUGAUCCAUUACUCUGGUUUCCUGGAAUACUCUGACCGGCCUUUUGAAACCACCACGCACCUCAAGUACCCCCGGAUGAUGAAGUUAGGGAAAGAUGUGACGGUGUUCGGACUGGAGGUGGGCCUGUUGACCAUGCGGAAAGGAGAGUUUUCUCGCUUCCUCUUCCAGCCCCGGUAUGCGUACGGGGACCUCGGCUGUCCUCCGUUCAUUCCCGCCGCUGCAGUGCUUCUGUAUGAGAUUCAGAUGGUCGACUUCCUCGACUCGGCUCAAGUGGACGACUUCAUCGCGAUGUGUCCGGAGGAGCAGAACACAGUUCCUCUGUCCACGCUCCUCGAAGUUGUCAGUACUCUACGCAGCUUUGGCAACCGUUGCUUCAACCAGAGCCAUUACGACAACGCCAAAGAUCGCUAUAAACAGGCAAUGAUGCUGCUGGGGAACAGGGAAACAGAGAGCGAUGCAGAGAAAGAGAGGAUCAAGACAGCGCUGCUUCCUCUCUAUCUGAACCUUUCUCUCACCGAGGUCCGUCUGGACAGCCCGCACAAAGCCCUGAAAUACGGCAAGAAAGCCUUGGAGAUAGACUCUGCCAACACAAAGGCUCUUUUCCGCUGCGGUCAGGCGUAUCUGGAGCUGCAUGAGUACGAGAGCGCCCAAGGUUGCCUCAUAACUGCUCAAGCAAAAAAGCCCUUCGACAGCGACAUUAACAACCUGCUGAGGAAGGUGGCAAUACGCUAUAAAGAGAGCUUGGACAAGCAGAAAGACGUGUACUCCAAGAUGUUCAAAGACUUGAGGAGCAAGUGAAGAUGUAAAAAGGUAAGAAGAUGACAAUGUAAACAACAAACUUCAAGGUUCAACAGCACAUUUUCUCUCCACUGCUGCGUAUUCUGAAAGUUAAACCUUUUUGUGUUUUUUUUUUUUGCAUAUGUUAUGAAAGGAAUAAUGUUGUACAGUUAAUUUCCGUGAAAGAGUUAAUUAAGUUCUUUAAAAUUCCUCAAAUGUUUGUUAAUUAUGUAGCUCAACAGUUCUGUUUCUGUUUGAGGAUAUGCAGAAUUUGCUUUCACCCCAAAUACCUAAAUAUUAAGACUGUUUGCUGGAGUGUUACAUAUUUGCAUGGGGUCUGGUCACUCUUGAGGUGAUAAUGAUACAAAAUAAAAUUAAAAAAAAUAAGUUUUUCGCUUCUAA